UUUGCAUGGAAAAAUAAAUUCGCACUUAAAUAAUGGAAAAAUCGAGCAUAUCUCGAGAUUGCCGCGCUUGCGGCAAGUUUAUUUACAACACAACAUCCAAGAACCUGUUCCAGGACCCGGAAAACGUAAUGCUGAACCAAAUCGAGGCCUUAACGGGACUAUUUCUGCUCGAGCAUGCUAAUCUUCCAGCUCGCAUUUGCGGUCCCUGCGAGGUGUCCCUGAGGGAAGCCGUGCGCUUCCGGGAGCGUGUCAUCCAAACCCAGCAGCUGCUGCAGAGUGGUCCAGAGAAUGUCGAAGAGAUCUACUUGAACGCCACUGAACAAAAGUCAAAUGAGGAAGCACAAGAGACACAGUCUGAUUCUGAGAGCGAGGAGGAGAAAGAUGACAAUGAAUGUGUGACGUCGAUAGAACUCGUCAAGGAAGACGAUGCUGUGGUGGUGGCACCGGAAAAUGUGACACCUGACUCGACUGCUCUAGGUAAACCCAGUGCCGAUAUUGAAUCAAAAGUUGCAAGAUGCAAACCGCCACCACGUACCCCCACCGUUUACACAUCGAUGACUUUUGUGGACAACAGCAAGAGUCGAAACCAGCCACGCACCCAAUGGGACAGGCUCACCGAGGAGGAGACUGUGGCUCUGAAGCGGGAGCGCCGCAAGCGCGAUUGCAUCUGUGAGCAGUGCGGCCGUCACUUCUCCUGUCCCAGUAAUUUUAAAGUUCACCUGCUCCGCCACUCGGGUGUAAAGAAUUUUGCAUGCGAGCAGUGUCCACAGAAGUUCUAUACGGCUCAUCUGCUGCGGCGACACGAGAUGCUGCAUCGGGGCGAGCGUCCGUUUCCCUGUCAGUACUGCAACAUGUCAUUCAACAACUCCAGCGGACGCAUCCAGCACGAACGCAUUCGCCACACCAACAUUAAGCCAUACAAGUGCACCGAGUGCGAUAAAUCCUUUGCUGUGAGUGGGAAACUCAAGGUGCACAUGCUUAGCCACACAGGUGUGCGUUCCUUCCACUGUGAGCUGUGCAAAGUGUCGUUUAUACGGCGUCCACAUCUGCAGGCACACUUCCGCUCGAAAAGCCAUGCACAGAACUCGCAGGCCCAGGAGUCCUCUGCUAAAGCAUUGGAAGUCGAUGUUGAGACGCUUCUUCAGUAGAAUCUAUAGCUAUGCAUGGUUUUUAAUAUUUAAAUAAAAGUCAUAUUUAUUUAGUUGUGUAAAA